AACUUCCUUGUUUUGUCGGAACCAUUAAACUGAAAGCAUUCCAGCAAUAUACGGCCAAAAUAAACAGGACACGAGAUGCAUUUCACCAGAUCCGUCAUGUACAGGCGGAGACGGCAAGGUGGCACAGCCUAGGAGCUCUCCACCGAUUCCGGAUCCAUCCAUCUGUUUCUCUCUCUGUAUGUGUGAAUCAUGAUGCUGUGCUGGGGAAGCAGUGGCGCGGGUCAGCUGGGCAUCGGUGCGUCAGAGGCAUCUGUCUUUGAGCCCAGGAGCUGCUGCGUGUUCGACGGCCGAGGGCUUAAAGAAGUGGCGUGCGGCAACCAGCAUUCGCUCUUCCUGUUGCAUGAUGGGAGCGUCUACACCUGCGGAUCCAACAGCUGCGGUCAGCUGGGCCACGACAAGGGAGGAAGCAGGCCAGAGCUGGUUGGCGCUCUGGACGCUCAGAAGAUCUCCGGCGUGUCGUGUGGCCAGGCUCACUCUCUGGCGGUGAACGAGCAGGGUCAGGUGUUUGCGUGGGGAGCUGGAGAUGGAGGGCAGCUUGGUCUGGGAACAGCUGAAGAGGCAGUCCGCGUGCCCAGGUUGAUUAAAAAGUUGUGCGAGCAUCGGAUCUCUCAAGUAAUGUGUGGAAACCAUCACUGUAUAGCACUUUCAAAAGAUGGUCAGUUGUUUGUAUGGGGAGAGAACUCGAGCGGUCAGCUGGGUUUAGGGAAGGGAGAGCCGAGCACUCUGUCUCCUCAGCCGCUCAAAUCUCUGUGCGGGAUCCCACUGACUCAGAUCAGCGCCGGAGGAGACCACAGCUUCGCCCUGUCCUUCUCUGGAGCUGUGUUCGGGUGGGGCAAGAACAGCGCUGGACAGUUGGGUCUCAAUGACGAGCAAGACCGAGCUGUUCCCUGCCACAUCAAGUUCCUGCGCUCACAGAAGGUGGUUUACAUCAGCUGCGGAGAGGAGCACACCGCUGCCCUGACAAAGGAAGGGGGUCUGUUCACAUUUGGAAACGGUUCAAAAGGACAGCUGGGCCACGACUCCACCAGAAACGAGCCUCUUCCACGCAGAGUUAUGGAGCUCAUGGGCACUGAGGUGUCUCAGAUCGCUUGUGGGCGGAACCACACCCUGGCAUUCGUGCCCUCCACCGGUCUGAUUUACGCAUUCGGCUGCAACACUCAGGGCCAGCUUGGUUCAGGCAUAAGAGGAAGCGCCAAGAGCCCCGUUCCUGUCAGUAACAUCCAGCCCCUUUGCAUUGGAAAUGCAUACACAAGAGCAGAGCACUGCACCAUUACGAAGAUUCACAGUGGAGGAGAUCAUAAUUUCCUGUUGUUGUCGACUGUGGAGGGUUUGUCUUGUCCUGAUGAUUUCCGCAUUCUAAACACCACGAAAAGCAUCGCUCUGAUUAAUUCUGAGAGUCUGGACAGCUGGAGGAUGAAGCUUCAUGACAGCAGCGAUUCGAGCAUCACUAAUGACAUCAUUCUGCUGUUGUCCUCGACUGCAUGUUGGAAUGCCAGCUUUUUGGACCAAAGUGAUGACGGGCAUUUCAAAACCAACCCCAAAGUCCCAGGCAUCGAUUUCAAUGCUGUUCGGCUGCUUUUCGAGACCCUGAUGAAACCAGCCUUCGCAAGACUUUUGGAGCAGAUCACAAAGAGCUUUGAGAGUCUCCUGAUCCCCCAGCUGCCCUGUUCUCCUCCUGACGUGGAAGCCAUGCGGAUCUACCUGAUCCUGUCUGAAUGUCCCGCUUUCCAGGACUCCAAAAACUACAUCACUCUCACCAUCCCUCUCGCCAUGGCCAUCCUCAGACUGGACGCCAACCCCAGCAAAGUGCUCGAUAACUGGUGGUCGCUGAUGGACUGCACGGUAUUUACCAGAUUAGUGGAGAUGUACAAAAGCAUCGUCGUGUUUCUGUUGACCGGCGGGAAGGCUCUUCUGAUGCCUGUGUUUCUGGAGAGCUACACCAGCGCCGCUUUGCGAUUGCUGGAGAAACUACACAAGGUCAACCUGAAAGCCCAUCGUGUGGAAUACAACCACUUCUACAUCCCUGACAUCGCAACCCUGGUGGACAUCCAGGAAGACUACCUCAAAUGGUUUCUGCGCAAAGCUGAUAUUAAAAUGCGAUACCCUCCAGUACAGGGUUCUGUCACGUUAUGUGCCUAUCCGUUCAUAUUGAACGCGCAAGCCAAGACAACCGUGCUGCAAACAGAUGCUGAGCUGCAAAUGCAGAUGGCAGUAAGCGGUGCUAACUUGCACAACGUCUUCAUGCUGUUGACCAUGGAGCCUUUGCUGGCGAGGAACCCUUUCCUGGUGCUCCACGUACGGAGAAACCACUUAGUCAGCGACGCUCUCCGGGAGCUCACAGUCUACAAUGAUGUAGACUUGAAGAAGCCACUCAAGGUCAUCUUUGAUGGAGAGGAAGCUGUGGAUGCUGGAGGAGUCACCAAGGAGUUCUUCCUGCUCCUGCUGAAAGAGCUCAUGAACCCCAUUUACGGCAUGUUCACGCAGUAUUCAGAGUCCAAUCUGCUGUGGUUCUCUGACAAAUGUUUUGUGGAGCACAAUUGGUUCCACCUGAUUGGCAUCAUCUGUGGUUUGGCCAUCUAUAACUCCACUGUGGUGGACCUGCACUUUCCCCUGGUCCUCUACAAGAAGCUCCUGGAAAUUUCGCCCACUUUGGAUGACCUGAAAGAACUUUCGCCUACAGAGGGAAGGAGUUUGCAGCAGCUGCUGGAGUUUGAGGGUGACGUGGAGGAAACCUUCUGUCUCAACUUUGCAAUCACAAGAGAGUAUUAUGGGAUCACGGAGGUGAAGGAGCUGGUGCAGGGAGGAAAGACCAUCGCUGUGGACAGAACCAACAGGAAGGAGUUUGUUCAGGCGUAUCUGCAGUAUGUGUUCAGCGACGCAGUACAGGAGCAGUAUUCAGCCUUCUCCAGUGGUUUCCUGAAGGUCUGCGGUGGAGAGAUUCUGUCUCUCUUCCAGCCUUCUGAACUCAUGGCCAUGGUGGUGGGCAACAACAACUACAACUGGGAGGAGAUGGAGAAGAAUGCCUCAUACAAGGGCGAGUUUUCUGCGUCCCACCCAACAGUUAGGAUGUUUUGGGAGGUGUUUCAUGAGUUUUCCUUGGAGAAAAAAAAGCAGUUCUUAUUGUUCUUGACAGGCAGUGACCGCAUCCCCAUCCACGGCAUGGCCAGUUUACGCAUUGUCAUCCAGUCCACGGCUGCAGAAGAGCACUACCUUCCAGUGGCUCACACCUGUUAUAAUAUGCUGGACAUGCCCUGCUACCAGACCAAAGAGACCCUGCGGCAGCGCCUCACACAGGCCGUGGAGCAGUACGAGGGCUUCAGUCUGGUCUAAACAAGAACUACGGAGGGGGCUUUCUAUAUGCUGAAACUGCACUUUAAACCCGUGGAGAAAUGGAAAGGAACGCUGCUCUCGCAUUUGUUUUACCACAAACGAGCACAUCUCGAUUCUCAUACGAGUAAAAUCUAUUAUUUUCCUAUUUUUUACAGACUGACUCUGACUUGCUUGUUUGGUCGCAUCUUGAGACGUGCACAAUUUUUUCCCUUUUUAUUUCCCUCUUCUUUUUGGUUAUAAAAAAUUAUAUUUUUUAAAUGACAAAAAUAAAUUAUAAUAUUAGGAAUGAGUAGUUGGCAAAUAAAUUAAGAUAUUUGACUUUCGUUAUAUAUUUUGCAAGUGUAAUUGUUUUUGAAUCAGAUUUAAAAACCAAUAGGUUGCUCUAUAGUCUUAAUUUAUUUUAUCAUGUUGGUUUACACGAAUUUGGAAUGAAUUUUCUAGUUAAACACCCUUACAAAAGCUUGUUAUUAAAUGUUAAAUGGAUAGUUUACAGCAAUGGUCUCAAACUCAAUUUCUGGAGGCCCGCAGCUCUGCAGUUUAACUCCAACCACCUCCAACUCAAACCUGCUUAAUAGUCUAGUAGUCUUGAACACCUUGAUUAGUUGGAUCAGCUUGUUUGAUUAGGGUUGGAGCAAAACCGUGUAGAGCUGCAGCCCUCCAGGAAUUCAGUUUGAGCCUAUGAUUUACAGUAGUUUAAUAUGAAUAUUUACUCUCAGGUAAUCUAAGCUGACUUUCUUCAGUGGAAAUAAACAUGGGUGCUGUCACUUUUAAAGUAUGAAAUAAAAGUUAAUUGUCUACAAUUAAAUCCAUGUUGCAUUAAGGUGGUAUUAUAUGAAACGAUUGGCCUGUGUGUUUAAGAUGUGUAAUAUUAUAUGUGCGAUAGCAAUCUGAACUAGCGCUAUUGCGCUUGCGUCACGUGAGAGCCCGCGUUUACCUGAGGCGAUAGAUUACACGUAGUAAAGUAGUAUGUAAUGUUGUACUUCUUGGGAAAACUCUACGUUUCGUUUACAAAAGACGUCAUUAUAUCAUAUGGAGCAGCGUGUAUUCGUUUGUGGUGGCUUGUAUAAGCGUGUUUGACUCUUAAAGUGACGGCACCUGUGGACUUUAAUUUAUGAAUUAAACCAAGGGCAACGAGUGCACCUAAUAUCGUGGCUGGUAUCCUACUGAGGAAAAAAAUAAUCUAGGCGUUUUGGCUGGCCUGAGGGUAAGUAAAUCAACCAGUUUUCAUUUUGGGGUGAACUAUUUCUUGAAUCAGAAAGCCAUUCACAACACUUAAAAUUGGACGUUAUUUUUAUGAAAACGGUAGAAAUAACAACCCCAUCAGCAUAUGACGUCAAACAGACACUUUCGAUCACGAUACAUAAUUUUUUAUACUAAUUUUUGAGCUUUACUCAUUCAGUCAGUGCUCCGACCGACGUUAAGGUUAUGCAUUUUCGCGCCUCCCUACUUAAUUCCAACGGUUUUCUUUUCACUGUAUGUACAGUAUCAAGUUAUUAUCAUAAAAUGUCUUUUAUGAUUGACAUGCGCAUGUCAUGCCCAUGGUGAACGCCGAAGCUGCUUUUCUGAAAUAUUUUAUUGGUAACGUUAUUUGGGGCAAGAUUUCUGUUAGAAAAAUGGGAUUUGAUUAAGGAACGUGAUCCAGCAAUAACUACUGGUUGAAGUGUGUGUACUAGUUCUGGGAUUUUACUCCAGCAAAUGUGAAUAUACUAACAGCUGUGUUGUUUUUCCGGUCAAAAUAUUGCCGCUUUUUUCAAUUUAAUCCCUCUAUUUCAGAGGACAGUCAUAUGCUGUAAACUAGAUUUUGUUUUCUACUCUCAUUGCUGGUUUUGCAAUUAAAAUGGCUAAGAGUGUCUCUUCGAGUCCAAGGUGGGUGAUACGGGAAUAUUUGGGACCACGGUGAUGUGUUUGCUGUGGCGUUUUGCAUCAAGCUGCAUGAGAUGUAUUUGUUUGUACAUGAUGGAAGGUCAUAUAAAGAAGUGUUUCUAUCCAGCUUAUUACUUUCUGUCAAUGUAUGCAAACAAGGGCUUCUUAGUGGGUACUGAUGCAUUGUUAUUUUAGUAAAGUAUAUUUUACUUUUAUAGCUUUCAAAUGGAGUAUAUUGUUUUAUCUAUUUUGUUUUCCAGAACAAUAAAAUGAAUUCACCUCAGAUGAAAUAUUA